AUGUCUAAUUUAAGUAGCUUAUUAAUAUCAAAUAACAGUUUAAAAAAUGAAACAAAAAGUUUACUUAGAAGUAUUAAUGAAAAUGAAAACAAUGACAAAAACAUAGAGACGAUAAAUUCAGAAAGUGUAAAAAUAAAGUUAAUAAAUUUACAAGAAUAUAAAACAAAAAAGUUUUUAGAUGAACGUAAAAAUAUUAAUGCAUGGAAUUCCAAUAACAAUCAGAAAAAAGAUGAAAAAAAAGAAAAGAAAAAAGAAAAAAAAAAAGAAACAGAAACAGAAAAAGAAAAAGAAAAAAAAAUAGAAGAAAAUAAUGAAAAAAAGUUAUUUAGGCCAACUCCACUUAAACAGAAAAAAGAAGAAGUGGUAGAAGAGCUAUUUCCUGAUUUAUUGCAAUCAAAAAAAACUAAUAAGUCAGAAAAAGAAAAAAAAAAAAAUCAAAUUCCCAAAAAAAAUAAAAAAGAAAAAGCAGAUAAGAAAAAAAAUAAAGAAGAGGAAGAAAUAAACUUUCCUCAAAUAGAGGAAAUACAAAAAAAGAAUUUUAAUAUUUUUGAUGUAGUUGAUAUAAAAAAAGAUUAUGAACCUAUUCAGAGAAAUUCAGAUAAGGUUUUAGAAAAGUAUAAGAAUAAAAAGAAAUUUGAUGAUUCUAUGAUAUUAUGUAAUUAA